AUGUCCAACAAUAACAAACGUAUUCUGCUCACGAUCAAGGUGCUUGGAGGAGAAUCAAGCAAGAAAAUUGCCAUCUCUUCAGAUGAAACGGUACAGGUCUUGUUUGAUAAAAUGUGUGAGAAGCUGAACAUUAGUGAAAAGAAGUAUUUUGGAAUUUGUGAGCAAAUUUAUGAUGACUUGAAUGCCCCUCUUGAUCGCUUCUUGUCCUUUGAGAAAACUAUUGAGGCAGAAGGUAUUACAGAGCUUUCUGAAUUAAAAUUUCAAAUCAAACACAUCAAGAGGCCAAAAGGAUUUACGGACUCAAUUGCUGAAGAAUUAUUCUUCAAGCAAAUUCAAUACAAUAUAGUGAAUGAGGUGUAUCCGUGCCCAGAAAAGAUUGCCGUUCUAUUGGCCUCCCUUACUGUACAAAUAUUGUUCGGAGAUCACGAUACCAACAAGCACCGAAUUGGGUAUUUAAAUAAGGUAGGCCUGAAUGUGUUCCUGCCAAGAACUGUCUCAAGACAUGACUAUGCCUAUUGGCAAGAACGUAUUUUCAAUCUUCAUGUUGCUCAUCAUGGCCUCUCCAAAAAGAAAGCCAUGAGAAAAUAUAUCGAUAUUGCCUCAACCAUUCCCUAUUUCGGCAUGUCUUUCUUUGAGGUCAAGGAUGAAAGUGGAACUGAAUUAUUACUAGGUGUGGCUGAGGAUGGCGUAUUCUUUUUCAAUUCUCAGAAUUUAAAACUUGUUCAUACAUUGCCUUUUGAUUUACUCUCUUCAUGGCAUCUUACUGAUGAUGGAGUGGAUAUUUGCUUUUACGAAAAUGAUGAAGUACACACCAUUUCUAUUCUCACUCCUCCAUUGAAGAGAACAAUGAUUGUUUCUCUCAUUGAUGAAUAUUAUGCGCUUCUUCCAGAAAAGAUGAAGAGCGACAGAGUCAAACCUAAUCAGCCAAAGCCUUUCCUAUUGAAUGACUCGUCACUCUAUUUGGAUCCUGUUCAAAGAACAUUCCUAGGUCGUUUUGGAAGCAGACUCGAGUAUCUGAAAGGCUACUAUAUGGAAUGUUGUGCACUUGGAAAGGAGGUCCCAGUUCGUAAAUUCUGUCAAGCCAUUGAUAAGUGCAUUGAUAAUGAUGAGAUUUACAAGGAUGUCGAUCUUUCAUUCAGUGGUAUAACCGACAACAAUAUUACCUUUUUCACAAAAUCACUCCUCAAAGCCAUUGAAUACAAACCAGAAAGAAACUUCCCUUGGAAGGAAAAUAUGGACUUAGAAUCAAUUAAUUUAGGAGGAAAUAGUGUGAAAGUGGGACUAGGAUGUAUUUUAGACUUGUUGAGGCAAUUGAAAAGGCUCAAACAUUUGGAUUUGUCUGACAAUGUUCUCGGUGAUGACGGUACUGUAGAGCUCGCACAAACGUUGACCAUUGCUGCAGACAUUAGGAGUAUUGCUCUCUUCAAUUGUAUGAUUGGAAAUAAGGGUUUGCAGGCCCUCUACGAAUCUUUGAAAUGGAAAAAGAAUUUGGCGGUUCUCAAUUUGGGUAAAAAUGAAUUCAAUGGCCAAAAUAUGGCUGAAUUCGGAAAAUUCCUUAGUGGUAAUCUUUCAAUUGCUGAGUUAGACCUGUCUUAUUCUUCAAAUAUUGACCAAAAAGGAAUUGAAGUAUUGUUGAAAUCAUUGGAAAAUAAUAAGAGAGUUCAAAAGCUAAAUCUGGCAGGUAUGCCUUUGGGAAGCAAGGGCGGAUUGAAAGUGGCUGCACUCCUCGAAGUGAACCACAAUAUUAAGGAACUCCUAUUGUAUGAUGCCAAGUUAACUCCAGAAGUUUUCCUGAAAAUUGGACGAGCAUGUCGAACAAACCUGUCAUUGGAAAUUUUGGACAUGUCAAGAAAUAGCGUCGGCAAGGGUGCAGACAAGAAUACAGUCCGAGAGACCUUAUUAUUCUUGGCACAACCUAAUUCAGGACUAAGAGAGCUAAUGCUUCGUGAAAAUCAAUUGGAUUUCGCGUAUGGAGAAAUAGUAGCCGAGUCUUUGAGAUCCAACAAGACUCUUGUAAAGCUAGACAUUUCCAAUAAUAACAUUACCAAGAACGGAGCCAUUCAUGAAAAUUGGGGUGAAACCAUUAGAAAAUUCCAAACCAAGAUAUUGGACUUUACAAAUUGUGGCCUCAAAGCUAGUGCAUUCCUUGACAUUAUUUCAGCUGCAACAAGUAAUCAGUAUGUCGAAGAGUUACAUUUGGCUGAAAAUGAUCCAAAAGAGGGCCUCAAAGGAUUGGAAGCAUUCCUGGCCAAAACUCAACUCAAAAUUCUUGAUUUAAGAAAUCUCAAAAUCAAUGAUGCCAUUUUCGAAAAGAUGGGUCUCGCUUUAAAGAACAAUACCAUGCUCGAUACAUUGGAUCUCUCCGAGAAUGAAAUCACCAAAGAAGGAAUUAUGGAAUUUUUGCAAAAUCUUGAAAGCAAGACCUCAAUCAAGAAUCUCAUUCUUCAACACAACUACAUUGAAGAAUCAGAAAAACCAAAUAUUGCUAAACAAAUUCUUGAGUCUACUCCUAUUGAGAACAUUACAUUGUAA